ACUCGUCAGUACUACUUUGUGAGCACCUCAAAGACAUGGACAGAUGCACAGAGUCACUGCAGAAAUGUCUACACUGACCUGGCAACCAUAGAAAACACAGCUGAUCUUUAUGCUGUCACAAGCAUUGCACCAAACACAGGUAAGGCAUGGAUAGGUCUCCAUGAUGACCUGCAGAACAGCUGGAGAUGGUCCCUAAAUGACAGCAGCUUCUAUGGUGUGGGAGAGGCAGCAUUUAGAAACUGGUACCCUGGUUCGCCCAACAAUCUUAAUGGACAGCAACAGUACUGUGUGGCACUUUUAAGUGGGAGUCCAUACAAUGGUGAAUGGGAUGAUCGUUAUUGUGGCAAUAACUACUCCUUUGUGUGCUAUAAUG